GCGGGUGGGGCAGGCCAGCAGGCGGGGGGCCAACCGCGGCCGGAGCCGUUCUCUUCCUUCGCGUUCUCGGGCGGCCCUAUCGGCGGCGCCGGGAGCGGCGGGGCGGCCGGGGCCGGCGCCCGGCGGCCAGUGAGCGCCGGUGGCGGAGGCGGCGCAGGCGGUGGUGCUGGCGUGGGGGGCCCUGGCGGGGACAGGGUAGGGCCGAUGCAGGCCCAGGCCGGUUCGCAGGCAUGGCAGCCUGUGCGACCGCUGGGGCAGCGGCAGCACUAUCAGCAGCAGGGGCAGCCAGGGCGGCAACAGCAGCAGCAGCAGCAGUGGGAGCAGGCGCCAGGCAUAAUGCGCUUCCAGAAGACACACAAAUAG